UCUAUGUAUUUCCUCAAACGUAUUCACUUCAUCUCGUUUUCUACCAACGUAGAUUCAGCGAAAAAUUGAAUGCUGGUAGAUUUUGUUUCCUGACAAUAGCAAGUAAAACUGCUUCGUUUAUUACAGCAAGCAAUAUCAGAAGCAUUUCUGAAAUGUCAAAAUUUGAUCUUCCCAAUCGUCUAAAGAGCAAUGAAAAAUCUGUCUGGGUGGAAUAUAUCCAACUUGUUCAGCAGUAUAAUCCGCUGAAUUUAGGCCAGGGAUUUCCCGAUCAUGCACCAGAAAAUAUAACCAAUGCUUUGGCUGCCACUGCCAAAAGUGAUAAUCCACUUUUACAACAGUAUACUAGAGGAUUUGGUCAUCCAAGAUUAGUGAAUGUAAUUGCAAAAUUUUACUCCAAGCUUAUUGAUCGUGACUUGGAUCCAAACAAAGAAGUGUUAAUCACUGCUGGUGCAUAUGAAGCAUUAUAUGCUACUCUACAAGGCCAUACCAAUCCUGGAGAUGAGUGGAUUAUUAUUGAGCCCUUCUUUGACUGUUAUGUACCUAUGUUACAGAGUGCUGGGGGAAUUCCCAGAUAUAUAGCAUUAAAACCAAAAUCUACAUCGGGUACAGUCACUUCUGGUGAUUGGGUAUUUGAUAGGAAAGAAUUGGAAAGUCUUUUCAACAACAAAACAAAAGGCAUUGUUCUCAACACUCCGCAUAAUCCAAUAGGAAAGGUAUUUACAUUGGAUGAACUGCAGUUUAUUGCUAAUCUUGCGAAAAAAUGGAAUACUCUUGUGAUUUCUGAUGAGGUUUAUGAGCACAUUGUUUAUGAACCAUAUAAGCACAUAAGAAUUGCAACAUUGCCCGAUAUGUAUGAACGCACAAUCACGAUUGGAUCGGCGGGCAAAACGUUCAGCGUUACAGGCUGGAAAAUUGGUUGGGCAUACGGACCAGCAAGCUUGUUGUAUAAUCUACAAAUAGUUCAUCAGAAUUCUGUGUACACCUGUAGCACGCCAAUUCAGGAAGCUGUGGCUAUUGGAUUCGAAUUGGAAAUGGAACGCUAUGGGCAAUCGGAAUGCUAUUUUCAUAGUCUGGCAAAAGAGUUGUUACCGAAGCGCGACUACAUGGCGAAAUUUCUUCGGGAAGUCGGUAUGGUGCCGACGAUACCCGAAGGUGGAUAUUUUAUGCUCGCCAACUGGUCUGCUUUAGAGACUAAAGUAAAUCUGCACGAGGAAACAGAUGAGAAUAAGGACUACAGAUUUACCAAAUGGAUGACAAAGAAUGUUGGUCUUCAAGGUAUUCCUCCCUCGGCAUUUUAUGGUCCCGAACAUAAACAUCUGGCAGAGGACUAUGUGCGAUACUGCUUCAUAAAGAAGGACGAAAAUUUGAAGGCUGCUGCCGAUAUCUUGAAGAAAUGGGUGUCUAAAUAAUCGAAACUUUCGAAACUAUGUUUAUACACACAUAUAUACAUAUAAUAUAUGUGCCUAUGUGUGCAUAUUUGUAUAUUUACUUACCACUUAUACUUAUCUUGCAUUUUGCAUUGAUUUAAUAUUUUGAUUGAUAUGACUAAUUUAUUGGAAGCAAUUAGAAAAAUGCCAAUCGAGAUUUUUAUUCCUUGUGGAAGCAUUAUAAUUAAUAAUAAUAUCCUUUUAUCUUCGUCAUUUGUAUAUAGUAUAAAUAUUAGAAAAUGUUAAAUUUAUAUGCACAUAAGUAUAAGAUAUAUAAAUUUUCUUAUGAUAUAUCUUCAUGUGGUUUAUAUGUGAUCAGUGAUGUAUUUUAUAAUCAUCAAAGUUGAAAAUAUCGUUGUGAAAUCAAUUUACAAGGCGGAGUUUCCUCGAAGCCACUUUUUGGCAUCUAUCGUGUCAGCUCUGAAUGUUUUGCAUGUUCGCAUCUACGAAGUAAAGAUAUUGUUGAAAAAAAAAAAAUGUCUUUGGUAUUAAGAUCCUUGGAGAGCCUUUCUUUUAAUCUUCCAAUCAUUUUUACAAGAUAUUUGUAAUAUAUUAAUAUAGCUUUAUACAAUUUAAUCUUAAUAUUAACAACGAAUUAUUUAAUAGUGUUGCGCCCGUAAUUAAAUAUUUGACUUGGUGUUAGAUUUUUAA